AUGCGUUUCGCCGUUGCUGCCGUUGCCCUCGCUGGCGCUGCCAUUGCCCAGGAUGUUGCGGAGGAGGCUCACUCCACCGUCUACUCUACUGAGUACUACACCGUCACCUCCUGCGUCCCUGAGGUGACCGACUGCCCUGCCAGCGCCACCGUUGUCACCAGCUCCGUCUUCCCCAUCACCACCUCUACCAUCUACGCCACCUCGACCUACACCGUCACCGACUGCGCUGAGACCGUGACCGACUGCCCCGCUGAUGCCACCCACGUCGUCACCGAGACCAUCGCCGUCUCCACCACCGUCUGCCCCGUCACCGACGUCGAGCCCACCCCCAUCGCCACCAGCUCGCACCACUACUCCAACACCACCGCUGUCGAGCACCCUCCCUACCCCACCUCCGGCCACGAGGAGCCCACCAAGCCCGCUCCCAUCCCCACCUUCGUCACUGUUGCUCCUGAGUGCCCCGGCACCUCCAUCAAGACCAUCAGCACCUCCAUCACCACGGUCAUCCCCACCGUCAUCUACGAGACCGUCGAGGUCCCCUGCCCCACUGGCGGCCCCGGUGCUCCCGGCGUCCCCGGCGUCCCUGCUCCCUCCGGCGCCGUUCCCUCCGGUGGCGUCCCCUCCGGCACCACUCCUCCCCAGCCUGUCUUCACCGCCGGUGCCUCCACCGUCGGUGGCAGCAUUGCCCUCGCCGCCUUUGCCGGUGUCCUUGCUCUCCUUGCUUAA